GUGAUGGACGAGAGGUGGGAGGAGGAUGUGAAGGAGUACGGGGCCGUCAACAUCACGGGGUUCAGGAUAGUGGACACCACCCGCCCUUACAUCAGGGACUUCCUUAAGACGUGGACGGCUUUGGACUCCACUUUGUACCCUGGAGCCGGUGGAAACUACAUAUCGGCGCAGUCAGCGCUGAUCUACGACGCGGUAAAGGUGGUGUCAGAGGCGCUUACCAGACUCAAGCGCAAAAAGAUGGAUAUGUUCAGUGACGUGCCAGGCCUGGGCGAGCCCCGCAAGAUCUCCUGUGACAUAACAGACGACGACGACCAGAUCAUCUGGGAGUACGGAGAGAGGAUCACACGCAUCAUGAGGAAGGUGGAGAUUGAAGGCGUCACGGGAAACAUCAGUUUCACGGACGAAGGCAAAAGGAAGGACUACUCAAUAGACGUAGUGGAAAUGACAUUCAACAGUGAGACGGUCAAGAUCGGAACUUGGAGUGACGUUCGGGGCUUUGAAACGGUGCCCUCCAAACCCGUCCGUCUGCCGUCUGACAGGAUACCCGCUAACAAGUCCUACGUCGUCACUACAAUCUUGGAGAAGCCGUUCAUGAUGUUAAAGAAGGAAGGUAACUACAGCGGUAACGACCGAUACGAAGGCUACGCCAAGGACCUCGCUGACCUCCUGGCCGAGUACCUCAACAUAAAUUACACGCUUCAAAUUGUGAAGGACCACACCUAUGGCGCACAGGACGACGCUACGGAGGGAGGUUGGGACGGCAUGGUUGGAGAGCUCGUCAGGAAGGAAGCUGACAUCGCUAUCGCGCCCCUAACCAUCACCUCAUCCCGGGAGCGAGUCAUUGACUUCACCAAGCCCUUCAUGACUCUAGGGAUCUCCAUCAUGAUCAAGAAACCCGUCAAGGAGAAGCCGGGCGUCUUCAGCUUCAUGUCUCCAUUGUCACAGGAAAUCUGGACAUGCGUAGUCUUCGCCUACGUCGGAGUCUCCAUCGUUCUGUUCCUCGUCAGCAGGUUCAGCCCCUACGAGUGGAAGGUGAUCGAGACAUACAGCAAAUCUAGCGUGACUAACGACUUCACCAUAUGCAACAGCCUGUGGUUCACGCUCGGAGCCUUCAUGCAACAAGGAAUUGACCUAAGCCCCAGGUCACUCUCAGGACGUAUAGUGGGCAGUGCUUGGUGGUUCUUCACGUUGAUCAUCAUAUCCUCCUACACCGCCAACCUGGCUGCCUUCCUCACCGUCGAGAGAAUGGUCACUCCAAUCAAAUCCGUCGACGACCUGGCCAAACAGACGGAGGUGGAGUACGGGACACGGGAUGGUGGUUCCUCCAAAGAGUUUUUCGAGCGGUCAAAGAUCAGCGUCUACAACCGCAUGUGGGAGUUCAUGUCGUCCAGGAAGUAUGUGUUCACCUCCACGUACGAGGAGGGCAUCGAAAGGGUACGGACGUCGAAGGGCAAGUACGCCUUCCUACUGGAGAGCGUCAAGAACGACUACAUCAACGAGCAGUUGCCUUGCGAUACUAUGAAGAUCGGCCAGAAUCUCAAUUCCAAUGGCUAUGGAGUCGCGACACCAAUGGGUUCCCCUCUUAACUGAGCUUGUCAGACGCGAUGAAGGCGAAGGCUCGCAUGUCCAUCACAGGGGGAAAGGAUCUCGAUAACGGACGAUUCUACGCACCGGCCAGCCAGAUCCUUGACGGGGACGCCCUCCACGCCAACACCCACACCCAGGUCUGACGGCGGCCGCGCGCCUCCCACUGCCCCACGCCUCAACUCCAGCUAUUCGACACCUCUUGCCAGCCCACCUCCCACACCCAGCCCCACGACACCCACUACGGCCAGGCCUACAGGUUCUCCUACACCUCUCAGGAGCAGCGGCGGCCGUCGCAAGCGUCUCUCAGCGUCACCUAUGGGUCCCCAACCUCUCAGCCACUACUAGGCCAGACCUCCCAGACCCAGGCGUUCGUCUCGCAGGCGCAAAUCAACCAAAUGUUUACCUCACACAGCUGUGACUCCCAGACGUCGCUGACAGCCUCACACCCACUGAGAUCCUCCCAGGGCUCGCUAGACGUGUCACAGGUGUCAUGUGCCUCCAGUGGGCCGUCUGUGACACCUGCAGUCACCCACGCCACCUCCCAGCCCACCCCACCCUCCCUACCACCAACCCAGACCCCAACCUCGCAUCUGUGUGCUGAUUUCCCCUUUUAGUCACAGCGUCGGUCCACGAUGGACACCUAAAUGUAGAUAAUUAGCUAGGCACCUGUUACUACUUUUGUAAUACCAGAAACCAAGAUAAAUUAACUCUGCCAAGGUUUUAGCAUGUGACCUAUAAAGAAUAUAUAUAU